AUGGGAGUAGAGAACCGUCAAGUCGAGAUGGCACUAGAGCUAGUCAAGUUUGAUCCCAAUCUUGUUCGUCUUCGUGGCAGAGGGGGUGUGACACCACUACAUCUCGUAGUGGAGAAAGGUGACGUGGAACUACUCACGGAGUUUCUAAUGGCUUGUCCCAAGAGUAUCCUGGAUGUAAACGCAAGCGGGGAGACGGCUAUACACACGGCGGUGAUGAACGGCAGAUAUGAAGAGCUCAAAGCGCUUACGGGAUGGAUCCGACGAAUGCGUCAAAGUGAUGCUGCUUCUAUCGAGACUGACAUCUUAGACAGAAAGAAUCGUGAUGGCAACACCGCGUUGCACGUGGCAGCAUAUGAGAAUAAGCAUGAGGCAUUAUAUUUCUGGGAAUAUUGCUCCAUCAGAAUGACACGUUACAGGAGCGGCAUAUCAGAUGGAAACAGAAACGCGCUCCUAGUGAUAACCAUACUCGUCAUCACGGCUACUUAUGGGACAGCACUGCAGCCACCAAGAGCCCUAACCGGAGAGGACAAAGGUUCAGACUCGUCAUCUACCGUCGUCUAUCUCUAUAACUAUGAGGGUAAACCCCGGAAAAUAUCAAGGGCCCUUUGGGGAUUCAAUACGAUGGCAUUUUUGUCGGCUCUUGCUUUGAACUUCGUUCUCUUACCACUUGGUAGGGAGUACACUUGGUUUUAUAUCUUGAUCUCAGCUCCUCUAUGCUGCUCUUACGGCCUUGCAAUGUAUCUGAACGACAAUGACACAGCAUACUUCCAAUUCUUCCUUGCGCUGGCGAUUAUGGUUGCGUUGCCGUGUUAUAUACUUUUCAUAUUCUUGAAGUGGAAGUGGCCUCGCAAGGUGGGAACACCAAAGCCCAAAAGUCAGAUAAUUUUGAAAGGUUGGUCGACAAUGGUUUAA